AUGCGUCGAGGCAAUUCUUAUACACAUUUUAUCGUUCGAGACACAUUUCCUCUCGAUGCGUUCUCCCAUCUGGUCAAAAUGCACAUUCUUAAAUCAUCGUUUCGUAAGAAAAUACGUAAACCUAAAGAUAUCACUAUGAUCAAUCCUCGCUAUGCUCUUGUUCAACAUUCAAAAAUGUUUUGGAUGGCAGAAGCGAUCAAGUUAAAUCCAUUUCAAACUCAAACAUUUUUUUGGAUGGAUGCCGGUUAUUCACGAUUUAUUCCAGACAAAGCAUUUGUAAAACCAUUUCCAGUUUCAUCUAAAGUUGACUGGCUUGUACGCGAAAAGAAAAUGUAUGUCGGAGUUGCACGAGCUACUAAGAAGGAAAUGGAUAAGAUGACUGAAAUAACACUGGACGAUGCGGUGGGUACAAGUAAAUCGUUUUUUGAAGGUAACAUGUGGGGUGGAUGGGGAGAAGCGGUUUAUCAAAUGGCAACAACAACGUUAUCCUUGUUCUUUGAAGCACUCUCACUUAAUUCGAUCGACAACGAACAGGUGACCAUGUUUCUGGCGUACAAAAAACAUCCAUCAACAUUUGCCUAUGUUAAAGUCAAAAAUGCAGACGCAGGCUUCACAUACAUGAGCACAGAGGAAUAA